AGUUGCCUAGCGCCUCAGCUUUCAUUUGGGGGCAGGUGACCGAAGCGUCAUGUUAGCAGGAAGGAAAGGCACCGGGCAGGAGGGAAACCAACACCCCCAGAACCCCUGCGCUUUCAGUUUGAUGACGAUGGGGAGCUCGCCGGGAGGUCGUGAGCAGACGGAGUCGGGGAAACUGUGAAGGAAGGCUAGGGGGAAGCUCUUGGAACACCUAGGGUAGAGCUGGGGAGCUGAAGAGCUGUAGCGCUGAGGAACUGUGAAGGUGUGGAACUGUGAAAGUGUGGAGCUGUGGAGCUGAAAAGCUGCAGAGCUGAGGAACUGUGGAGCCGUGGAGCUGAGGAACUGUGAAGCUGGCACGGUGGAGGGAAAGGACGAAUUCGAUCGCCCCGUUGGAGCAGAGACGGAGCCCUACGGUCCUUGGGUCGCCGAGUAUGUAGGCCCCGUUAUACCGCCUCGCGUCCACGAGGGUCAGGCGAGUCCGAGGCACUCCCCUGCACCGUAUAGGCGGGCGCUGGAGCCUCCAUCCUGCCAUGGCCUCCCGCCCUAUCCUCCCACCGGAAUGCUCCUGGAAGACGAGGAGGAGACCUCGCCCAACUGCUCCCUAAUGGUAGCCAUUGCUCACAUGCUCCGGCUGAAGCAUCCCCAGCACACAGACGAGCCCCCGGAGGAGGAAGCCAUGGCCGGUGUGAUCCUGGAGAGCAUCUUUCUGAAGCGGUCCCAGCAGAAGAAGAAGACUUCCCCUCUGAACUUCAAGAAGCGACUCUUCCUCCUGACCACGAACAAACUGUCCUACUAUGAGUACGACUUUGAGCGUGGGCGGCGCGGUAGUAAGAAGGGCUCGGUGGACAUCGAGAAGAUCACCUGCGUGGAGACGGUGGUUCCCGAAAACAACCCUCCCCCUGAGCGGCAGAUUCCGAGAAAGGGAGAAGAGUACGGGGAGAUGGAACAGAUCUCCAUCAUCGAGAGGUUCCCCUACCCCUUCCAGGUGGUGUACGACGAGGGGCCCCUCUAUGUCUUCUCCCCCACGGAAGAACUACGCAAGCGCUGGAUCCACCAGCUCAAGAACGUGACACGGUACAACAGUGACCUGGUACAGAAAUACCACCCCUGCUUCUGGAUCGAUGGGCAGUACCUCUGCUGUUCGCAGACCGCCAAAAACGCCAUGGGCUGCCAGAUUCUGGAGAACAGAAACGGGAGCUUGAAAUCUGGGAGCUCUCAUCGGAAGACCAAAAAGCCUCUUCCCCCCACUCCCGAGGAUGAACAGAUACUGAAGAAGCCGCUGCCCCCCGAGCCCUCAGCAGCCCCCGUGGGCGAGCUGAAGAAGGUGGUAGCCCUCUACGACUACACUCCGAUGAAGCCUCAUGACCUGCAGCUGCAGAAAGGGGAGGAGUAUUUCAUCCUGGAGGAGAGCAACUUGCCCUGGUGGAGAGCCCGAGACAAGAACGGGCAGGAAGGGUACAUCCCCAACAAUUAUGUCACCGAGGCGGAAGACUCCAUAGAGAUGUAUGAGUGGUAUUCCAAGCACAUGACCCGAAGCCAAGCCGAGCAGUUGCUCAAACAGGAGGGGAAAGAGGGAGGCUUUAUCGUCAGAGACUCCAGCAGAGCGGGAAAAUACACCGUGUCUGUGUUUGCCAAAUCUGCCGGGGACCCGCAGGGGGUGAUCCGCCACUACGUGGUCUGCUCCACGCCCCAGAACCAGUUCUACCUGGCUGAGAAGCACCUCUUCGGCACCAUCCCCGAGCUCAUCAACUACCACCAGCACAACUCCGCCGGCCUCAUAUCCAGGCUCAAGUAUCCAGUGUGUCAGCGAAACAAGAACGCACCCUCCACGGCAGGGCUGGGCUACGGGUCCUGGGAGAUCGACCCGAAGGACCUGACGUUCUUGAAGGAGCUGGGGACCGGGCAGUUCGGGGUGGUGAAGUAUGGCAAGUGGCGGGGCCAGUACGACGUGGCCAUCAAGAUGAUCAGGGAAGGCUCCAUGUCCGAGGACGAGUUCAUCGAGGAGGCCAAAGUCAUGAUGAACCUGUCCCACGACAAGCUGGUGCAGCUGUACGGCGUGUGCACCAAACAGCGGCCCAUCUUCAUCAUCACCGAAUACAUGGCCAACGGCUGCCUGCUGAGCUACCUGCGUGAGACACGCCACCGCUUCCAGUCCCUGCAGCUCCUGGAGAUGUGCAAGGACGUCUGCGAGGCCAUGGAAUACCUGGAAUCCAAACAGUUCCUGCACCGGGACCUGGCUGCUCGGAACUGUCUGGUAAAUGACCAAGGGGUAGUCAAAGUGUCCGACUUUGGGCUGUCCAGGUACGUCCUGGACGACGAAUACACCAGCUCUGUCGGGUCCAAGUUUCCCGUCCGGUGGUCGCCCCCGGAAGUCCUCAUGUACAGCAAGUUCAGCAGCAAGUCCGACAUCUGGGCUUUUGGAGUUUUGAUGUGGGAGGUUUACUCGCUGGGGAAGAUGCCGUACGAGAGGUUUAGUAACAGUGAGACGGCAGAGCACAUCGCCAAGGGCCUGCGUCUCUACCGGCCUCAGCUGGCUUCCGAGAGGGUGUAUGCCGUCAUGUACAGCUGCUGGCAUGAGAAAGCAGAUGAACGUCCCACCUUCAAGUUGGUUCUCAGCAAUAUUUUGGACGUCAUGGACGAAGAAUCCUGAGUUCUCCAAGCAGCCUGCCCCAUUUACCUUUCCCCCUCCUUCUGCCCCGAUGCACACCUUCUCCACUUUUCUCGGAACGACUUCGCGGACCCCCCCAACCCCGGCCCCCCGGGCCCGGUGGCCGGGGUCGAGAUGCACAGAACCGCCCGAGAACACGUUCUCUCCCCUCGAACGGUGGACCUCGUCCCUUCUUCUGACAAAUGCCAAGACACUGCAGAAGUCAUCCGGCCAGGCCGGGUCCCGCCAGGGAAAGAGAGCCUCUGGAGACCAGAGAUGGUCUGAACCCUCGGUGGCCCAAAGAGGCGAGGAAGGCUACGGAAGCCAUCCCUGGAGCUCCCGGACCCCCGGCGGGAAAGGCAGCCUCCCGCGAGGGGCACUCGAACGGUGCCGUAGACCAGAAAUUGGUAGGGAUUGAAGAUGGCGGGUUUGCACGAUCCUGAACUCAAGUGUUAGAAAGGGGAGGGGAGGAAGGGCGGAUUGACAGGGACCUGUUUUUGAUAAAUAAAACAGUUGGAAAAUCCA